AUGGCAUUGAUGCGUCGCCUGCUCGCCGCCGGUCGGCUCCGGCGCUGGCCGCCCGCAUUCCGCAUCGUGUCCGCUCAGUCGUCUCCGCGGGCCCCUCUACAGGCGAGGGCUCCAGCCUCAGUCGUCUCCCCGGGCCCCUCUACAGGCGAGGCUCCAGCCUCAGUCGUCUCCCCGGGGCCCUCUACAGGCGGGGCUCCAGCCUCAGUCGUCUCCCCGGGGCCCUCUACAGGCGAGGCUCCAGCCUCAGUCGUCUCCCCGGGGCCCUCUGCAGGCGGGGCUCCAGCCUCAGUCGUCUCCCUGGGCCGUCUACAGGCGGGGCCACCGGGCUCCCGGCGUCAGCCGUCUCCCCGGGCCCUCUGCAGGCGGGGCCACCGGGCUCCCGGCCUCUGCCAUCUCCCGGGCCCUCUGCUGGGGGGCCACCGGGCUCCCGGUCUCUGCCACCUCCCCGGGCCGUCUACAGGCGGGGCCACCGGGCUCCCGGCGUCAGCCGUCUCCCCGGGCCGUCUACAGGCGGGGCCACCGGGCUCCCGGCGUCAGCCGUCUCCCCGGGCCGUCUACAGGCGGGGCCACCGGGCUCCCGGCGUCAGCCGUCUCCCCGGGCCGUCUACAGGCGGGGCCACCGGGCUCCCGGCCUCUGCCAUCUCCUCGGGCCCUCUGCUGGGGGGGGGGGGGGAGGGGCACCGGGCUCCCGGCCCCCGCCAGCUCCCCGGGCCCUCUGCUGGGGGCUACCGGGCUCCCGGUCUCUGCCAUCUCCCCGGGCCCUCUACUGGCGGGGCCACCAGGCUCCCGACCUUUGCUGUUUCCCCGGAUCCUCUGCUGGCGGGGCCACUGGGCCCCCAGCCUCGGCCGUUUCCCCGGGCCCUCUACAAGCGGGGACUCGGCUCCCCGAGCUCCCGGACACAGCGGGCAGCACGGCUGUCGGGGGCGUGCGCGCCGACCACCAGGCGCGCGUGACCAUGUUUUGUUACAACGUAAUACACGUGUAUUGGAAAG